AUGUCUUCCUUUGAGUUAUCGACUCACAUUUCGGGACAGGGUGCAAUGGCUGCAUCAUGGCGGGGUAUUCAAGGACUAUCUGAGCUGAUCGUUCUUGACGAGAUUAUCAAUCGUCUCAAAAACGCUCUCAAACCUUCGGUUGAUUUACUACCAGCGGAUGAUUUUGAUAUGAUAUGGGGAACAAGUACUGGAGGCAGAAGCAAUCAGAUGAGAGCAAUGGAAAAAUGUGCUAGGCUUAAAUAUGGGAAUGGUCAUGGCAACGACAGGAUGCUUAUGGACGAAGAAGAGAGCUCAAAAUUUAGUGGUCGAGACUCUGGACCUUUUGAACAAACCGAAAAUGAUGGUGGGAAGCGAGUCAUAGAAACUGGAAUUAUCAAAUUAUGUCAACAAGGUUUGAGUGUCAAUUCCUUGCAAGAAGAAAAGCUACGAUAA